GUCUGUUUCGCUUUUGUGAAAACAGCAAUCAUUUGUCUACCGUUUUACGCGUCCGUCUACACAACACUUCCAGUAUGGCUUUAAUAAAGGUGAGAUGAUUAUUUGAUUUGCUUUAUACUAGCAUAUUAUAAUGCAUAAUAUGUACACCUAGACACCUAGUCGAUUUUCUUGUGACGUAGGCGUGGGCGAAGUUCAACAAUCGCCACCGACCAACGAAAAAUAAUUUUUUAUAAGGACAAUACUAUUAGAGUUACAAAAAAAAAAAAAAAACCCGAGACAAUUCAUUUUAGUAUGUAUAAUAAUAUACAGAGAAAUCAAUCUAUCGUAAGACAUUCAUUAUUUCGGAAAGUAUAAACUUUUUCGAAUUUUUUUCAUAAAAAAUUCAAGAAACAAGCUGCUCUCCAGUUUUAAAUUUAUGUUAUUUUUUAUCACCUUUGUUUUUUGGAGUAAAACUUCUACCUACAUUCGAUUUUUAAAUGUUAAUCAAUAUUAAAAAUUCCAUAAAUAAAUGGAAUAUUAGUUAAAAUACAUCUUGGUGUUAAACAUAUUUGAUUUUCGUCAAUCCGUUGACGAGAUAGUCCAAUUUUAAGUUUGGGUCGGGGAAGAGUAGUGUUGCAUUAUUAAGACGUCUCGCGCCGUGCCGUCACAUAAAUUAUGCUCACCUAUUCAAACUUAAAAGUGGAAUAUCUCGUCAACGGAAUGACGGAAAUCAAAAAGUUCAACAUCAUAAUUUAUUUUAACUAAUACUCCGUAUAUAUAUAAAGAUUUUUUAAUAUAUAGGUUACUAUUUGAAAAUCAAAAGUAGUUUUAUUCUCAAAAAUAAGGGUGACAAAAAAUAAAUGUAAAAUUGCGGAGCUGCUUGUUUCCUAAAUUUUCUAUAAACUACAUUUCGAAAAAAGUUAAUACGUUUUGAGAUAAUUAAUGCUAUACGAUAGAUUGAUCACUUUUUAUAUAUAUAUAUUUAAAGGGCUCUUUUUACUAUUCGAGCGAACAAUACGUCAUAAUAUAUAACGUUACAUAAUAGACGAAACGUUUUCAUUUUUACCACGGAAGUGACCUUUUUUUUAAUUUGCGUGUAUAAUUUUCUUUUUUAUCAUAAUAUUAUACUCAAUUUAUACCACCUUCCCUGACUUUGGAAUAAUUAAAUAAAUGAUCGGCUCAAAAAGGUUUAUGGUAUGGGAUCCCUAAUUUAAAUUCUCGUGUUUCGAAAACGGAAAUGCGUUUGUUCGCAAUACAACCAUCCCACUAUAAUAUAGUUACAUUUAUUACGUUCUUGCCUGACAUCUUCAUAUUUAUGGUGUAAAUGGUAUCAGUGGCGUAUUUUGGAUUUUGUCAUGGAGGGAGAUAUUAAAUAUUGAAAUCGUCGAAAACAUUUAAGGCUGAAAAAAAGAUCAAUUUUUAAUUUAAAUAUUUUUGUAAGUAAUUUAUUAUUCAAUCUGCCCUAAAAUUAUCAUCGAAACCAAAUAAUUAUAUAUACCUAGGGAUUUGCUAGGGAUUUGUUAGGAUUUGUAGGGAAUUGUUAUUAAUUAAUUAACUAUUUCGGUUCUAAUCUAAACUCCUGCGUAUUAUAGUAGUUCGUUACGUUACGAAAAUGUAUUCGUUCAGAUUUGAAUUAUUUACAACUAUUUAGGUAUCAACACAUUAAGUUGUUGAUUUUUCUGACUAGAAGCUAAAGAAAUUUGAAUUAUCUCUUUAACUUAUCCUUAUGAAUACGCCACUGGAUGGUAUAACAAUACACGCCUAAUAAUAACUCCUAAGUACAUAAUUUCCAUAGUUCCAAGUAAAAAUACUUGUAUUAUGGAGUUUUUGAAAUUAUUAUUAAUUUGCCAACAUAGAUUUACCAUCAAAAUGAAUUGCAAUGGUUCUCGCAAAUAUCCUAUGGAGAAUGAACAAUAAAAUAUUAUAUUAUUUAUUCAGCACACAAUUAUUUAAUCAAUACUGUAUACAAAUUGCUUUGGGGGUUACUUAGCUUUUUCGAAUUUUUUGUUUUACGUGAAAUAUGUUUUUUAUUAAUAGGGUAUUCGUCUACAUCGGAGGUUCCCAAAGGGGUCUAUAUAGACCUCAGGGGUUUAUUAUGACCCGUAAGAAGACAAUUACGUCUAAAAAUUAAGGGUGCAUGAGAUGUGAAUAGGGGUAAUAAAUCAUAUCAGGGGGUCCACAAAAAACAGAAUAAAUUAGCAAGUGUUGUACGGGGAAAGAAGUUUGGAAACCUUUGGUUUACAUUCUCAUCAUUAUUUAUACACGAUAAAAAAAUUAAAACCAUUCGACUUAUUGGGAAAUCGGAUAGAAUAAAAUUACGUUUUAUAUUUUUGUUUUACAAAUAAAUUUCAGUCCACCGUGUUGGCUGCUCUAUUAGGAUAUGUGGUUCUGGUAUCUGCUUACCCUCCGCAGCAGCAGUACGUGCAGCAUGAUUACCAACAUCAUCAUUACGAUGACGGCGACGAUCACUCGGUGACCGGCCCUUAUCACUUCGAGUACGGCGUAAAGGACCCGCAUACACACGACAUCAAGAGUCAGUCUGAGUCGAGUGACGGACACGGUAACGUCAAGGGAUCGUACAGUCUCUUGGAGGCCGACGGUUCAACUCGCGUGGUCGAGUACACGGCAGGUGACGAGGGUUUCAACGCGGUCGUAAAAAAGAUCGAAUCACCCCAUCACAAUGAUCAUCACUACCAACACGACAAACACCAGAUUCACAACGAAGAGCACCAACUCCACCAACCCCACCAUGACGAAAACCAAUUCCACCACGACGAACCCCAACUUAACCAGCAUCAAGCUGAUCACCAUUACCAACACCACGAUGGUCACCAAUUCCACCAUGACCAACAACAACAACUCCACCACGUGGACCAACUAUAUCAACACGAAGGCCAAAACGAAUACUAUCAAUCCCAAACCGUGGCUCCGUCUUCACCUCAGUACUACAAGUACUAUUAAAUUGAAUACAGAAAGGACCCUUCGCUGUUGUAUAUAUUAUAAAUAAUAAUACUUAGGGCUGUGAGUUUGUAAUAUAAAUCGUUUACAAUGAGUUAUGAAAAUAUAUCUAAAUUUUAUACUAAAUGAAUAGGAGUUGUUAAGAACAUGAAAUAAUGAAAAAUAAAAAAAAAAUAACAAUAAAAUCGAAAAACCGUCACACCUAAUACAACUUUCAAACCUGAAUUCACUGUAUUAUUAUUCGAAUUUUGUACUAAGAAGUUGUAUCUUAUGAUAUGUUAAAUAAAUUAAUUCACUAUUCACAGCCUUUAUAUAACGAAAAUUUAUUCGCAAUUAUUUUUAUUCUGGCCAAUAAAAAAAUCACAACCAAUAUUACCA